AAUCCCCUUCCCGUCAGUCCGUGCCAUUGCUAUGUAACAUGGCGGAUGGUUUAGAUUAUGCAUCGCAAGGGACCCGGAGGACCGCGUCCUCCCUGGAAGAAAAAGGCAGAGAAUAAAAAUAAAAUUGUGAAGAAAACCAUAUCAGUACACCAUAGAAACCUUCGUUUAUUCGCAACGCCUAUCCUGGUCAUCUUUGUACUUGUCCGCUCGUUAGCAUAUCAGUUUUUCUUAGCAAUUGUUCUCAUAAGUCAAUACAGCAGACGAGCAAUACGAUACAGUUGGCCACCAAAAGCCCGAUGUAUCGAAGCGGCACCACCAGUUAUGUCAAACUAUGGCAGAGCGAAGAGUCCAGUUGGUCCUGGAGAACCGGCUUUGGCAAACCAAAAGAAAUAUCACAGAAAAGCAUUUGAAUACAUUUCAAAAGCGUUGAAAAUAGAUGAGGAAGAUGGAGCCAGGAAAGAUAUAGCCAUUGAACUUUACAACAAAGGCAUAACAGAACUGGAAAAAGGCAUUGCAGUAGAAGUUGAAGGACAAGGGGAAACUUAUGACAGGGCCCGUCGGCUGAAAGAGAAGAUGCAAACAAACCUUGCUAUGGUCAAAGAGAGGCUAGAGAUAUUGGAGAACCUUUUAUCCAAAUUGGCCUUGGAGAAUUGUCUAAGCUCUGAAAGAAAAUACUCACAAACUGAUAUUGGUAAAAUAGGUUCACCUGUUGAUGUCAGGUCACCUUCAAAUGUCGGUCAUAAUGCCCUCAAAGAUUUACCUUCUUGCAGCAAAACAUUGUCUAAAUAUUCCGGUGAAAGACCAGGGACAAGUGAUGUGUCUGAAGUGGCCCCUAAAGCCUGCAAAGCAAAAAUGGCCAUUAACAGAGGUGGUGGUUCUGGAGCAAUCCCUUCAAGAGUUAGCAGUGCCACACCCAGGGAGAGAAAAUCUUCAACAUCAUCUACUCCAGGGUCUUCCCCUGGAACUAGGCGACGACCAACUCAUUUGAGACAAGCUUCACAACCUGAUAUUCGAACCCUAGCUCAGCAGAGAGACUUGAGCAACAUCAAACUGAAAAAUGUUGAUAAGAAAUUAGCUGAUGUGAUUUUGGGUGAAAUAUUGGACAGUGGACAAGAAAUUCUGUUCUCAGAUAUUGCUGGUCAGGAAACAGCUAAGCAAGCAUUGCAGGAAAUAGUUAUAUUACCUGCACUCAGACCAGAGUUGUUCACAGGGUUGAGAGCACCUGCCAGAGGUCUACUUUUAUUUGGUCCUCCAGGGAAUGGCAAAACUCUUUUGGCCAAAGCUGUGGCUCAUGAGUCUAAAUCAGUUUUCUUCAACAUUAGUGCAUCCAGUCUCACUUCCAAAUGGGUCGGUGAAGGGGAGAAACUUGUAAGGACACUAUUUACAGCAGCCAGACAACUUCAACCUUCCAUUAUUUUUAUUGAUGAAAUAGACUCUUUGCUUUGUGAGAGAAGGGAAGGAGAGAAUGAUGCAAGUCGAAGGUUGAAGACAGAAUUUUUAGUACAGUUUGAUGGUGUGUCCAGCAGUUCUGAAGACAGAAUUUUAGUGAUGGGUGCAACCAAUAGACCACAGGAACUGGAUGAUGCAGUUUUACGUCGUUUUCCAAAGAGGGUGUAUGUGACAAUGCCAGAUUUACAAACAAGGCGUGUCAUGUUAGCUCAUCUUUUAUCAAAACAUGGAAGUCCAUUGAAUCAAAAAGAACUGGAUACACUGGCCAAGCAGACAGAGGGUUAUUCUGGCAGUGAUAUGAAUGCUUUGGCUAAAGAUGCAGCUCUAGGGCCCAUCAGGGAGUUGAGUCUUCAUGAAGUAAAAUCUAUGGAUGCAAACAAGGUUCGACCUAUACAAGCUUCAGAUUUUAGGGAAUCAUUAAAGCGUAUACGUCGUAGCGUGCCACUGGAGUCACUUGGCCGAUAUGAGGAGUGGAAUCGAACAUAUGGGGAUAUAACAACAUAGUCAUUCUUUAGUCUUCAAGCCUAAAAUUUGCAUAUUUUUUUAUACAAUAACCCUAGAAAGUUUGGGGAUGUGUUCGUUGUACAAAAAGGGAAUAAGCAAUAGGAAGGUCAUUGUUUGACUAAGUAUUUAUUGUAAAAUGUUGCAGAAUGAGAAAUGUAUCAUCUGACUAGAAAGCUUAUGAUUUUCUUUGACUAAAUGUGAUUUCUUUUCUCAUGUGAAUAUAUUGUUUUGUCUUCAGGUGAUAAUUUAUUGUUUUCUGUGUUUUUUACCACCACUUCUAGACCACAUCAUUGCCUCAAGCACCAACUGCAUGCAGUGUUCUAUCAACAUCCAUACAUUGUGCUUUGAGCAAUGAGAGUGCUUGAAACCAGUCUUUCAGUUGAUAUGUUCCAGUGAUGAAAUAAACCAUUCAAGUUCUCAUUCCAAUCCAUAAUUAUUUUGAACACAUUGUUGCUCUGAAGUCAUUGAUCUUUUUAAAUUUUUUUUUUUUUUUCAUUACCCGGUUUUUGGCCCAUGCAUGAAACUAAUUUAAUUGUAACCACGGAAACAGUCGUACUAGAUUUUAUCUGCUUACUGCUUAUAAAUGAUUUAUGAAGAUUUAACUGACAACAGCAGUUCAACCAGUAAAGUGGGACAGUGUUACAAAUGACUAUUAACAUUGAUAUAUAUUGUAAGAGCUAUAUUUAUAUAUUUUGAAGCAUCACUUCCAUUUAUGUGCAACAGCUAAUUUCACUAACAUUUGAGAGGGUUCUCAGUAUUGAUUUGAUUUGUUUCUGUUUUAGUUUCUACUCAACAGCUAAGUGCUGAUUGGACUUCAUCCCAGUGUCACAGUUAUCUCUUCCAACAAUCUGGGGACUUCUGUAUUCAUUAGUGUUCCCCUUGGUUUCCUUUACCAAAGACACUAUGAUAAGUCCUAUGAAUUGGACAUUGGCAGCUUUUUUUUUUGUUACAUUUUUUUUAACACUUAUACUGCUAUAUAAUAUAUGUAACUUUUCCAGUGCAUUGCAGCUAUUGCAUUUUUGCCAGCUUAUUGCAGCUAUUGUCCAAAAGCUCAAAUAUCAUUUUGUGUAAAAAUUUACUCUUCCUUUCAUUUUAGUCUAUGGAAAAAUGUCUUGUCAGUGGCAUUGGUGGACAAAAUAAAACAGUUCAAUCAUUUUAUGUACAGAAACAGUCAAAAGGCUGAGUUGGAGUCACAUUAGAGGAACUUUUUCUCACUGUGGUGAAAUCAUGUUUGUUUUGAGAAAUUUUUUUUUAAUAUAGGGUUUAGUCUUUUAUUUUGUUCUGUGGUACAUUGCAGUGCUAAUUGUAUUUGCUUCACGCACAGGAUUCAGAUGUUUUAUUCUUGUUCUCAGACAUUUUUCAGUUCUUUGAAGAAACUUGCAGUCAUAAGAUUAAAGUCAAAUAUUGACUGCUACUGUGUAUGGUACUAAGUUGAAUUAAGCUCAAUUGAAAAUCUUUUUUUUUAUUCUUAAUACCAAAGCUUCUAUAAGUAGUUUAGGCAUUUCUAAGAGGUAAUAUGUUUGAAUAGAUUUUCCAUUUUAUGUUUUCAUACACUAUACACAAGUUCAAAAAACAGUGUAGUUUUUGUGCAAGGUUUUUGCUUUAUUUAACACUCGAUUAAUUUGUUUGUUUGUUUUUUACACUGUCUUGUGGCCAAAUCAAAUAAGCUAACAAAUUAGGAUAUUUAUCUAUUGGUUUAUCAUAAAAAAUAGCUUAUUGAGGUUGACUUGAAAAAAAUAUUCAUUUUGAAUCAUACAUUCACCUGCCAUCUGUCUAUAUUUAUUUACAUUGUAAGCAGCCAUUUUUCUUGUAAGAAACACAUAGAGCCAGCAGACAUUGUUGACAUUGCCUUGAACUGGGAGGUUAGCUUGAGAGUUUCAGAUGCAGAUGUCAAACAGUGUUUAAUUGACAAACUUAUAAGUUUCUAGGAAAUACAUUUUUGUUAGUUUAAUUUGCUGCUAGUAUAAAUUGAAAGUUUGCCUAUGGCUGGUUCAUUUUUUAAAAACUUUUUUUUUGAUUUGGCAUCUUUUCUCAUCAAUUUUAACAAAUGCUUUAUUUGUUUCAAGUCAUCAUUUCAUCUACCUGAUUGUAACAAUGACAACAAUCACUUUGAAAGUGUUCAUGCAUAAAACAAACGUUUUCAAUUGUAAAUAUUAUUUAUUCCUAGAGCACUUUUAACUCUGUAGACAUUUGUUCUUACUAUUAUUUGUUUUGUUUGAGUGUUAUUUGUUUGGUUUGACUGUUCUGAUUUGUAAGAAUGAUUUACAACUUUUUUUAAAAUUUAUUUGGAGAAAUGUUUACAGAUUUUUUAGAUCAUUGUUUUUGAUACAUACUGGUAGUUCACAAGUUUUUUACUUAAAAAUCAUUUGAAUGAUGUUUUUAUUUUUCCUUUCCAAUUACCUACAAAUACAUUUUUAACAAAUCUUUACUAAUACAGUACAGCUUAAUUUGUACAAGUCAAUAGAAAUAAAAUUGUAUUUAAUUCUGUAUAUGUAUUAUAUAGUUAAAGGAAUGGGAAUAAAAAACAACAUUGAAAUGUAAUUGUGAUGGUAUAUGCUACUUGACAUGUUCAGGUUAAUUUGCCAAAAUCUUAGUUAUGUAAUCUUUGAUUUACUAGCAAAUGUUGGCAAGUCCAACUCUUCAUACAUGGAGAACAUCCACGUCAUCAUUUUGUUCUCACAUGAAAUAGUUCUAGUUGGAAUGUAUUUUAUUUGUCACCUCUAUUGCAGAAAUGUGCAUAUACAAUCAGAGUCUUUUUCUAUUACAGUUGGAUAGAAGUGUAGCUCUGUCUCUAGCUAGUGGAUUUAGAUUUCAUAUGUGUGUGUACAUCAUUUCCCUUACAUAUUGUGUCCAGUGUAUCAUCUGUGCCAUACUUUGUUGUUUGCUCUAGCAGUAUUCUUGACCUUGUAGUGAUAUCUUUUAUUUUGAUUAAUGUGUUUCAUUUUAUGGACCAAUAGUGUCACAGCACAGACUAAGAUUGUCUUAGCUCAUUAUUGAUUGGAAUCUCUUCAAACUUCCAUUCACUUUAUAUAGUAGACAACAGCUGGAUGCUUCACAUCAUUAGCCUUGGACUGUUGUCAGAAUCAUACAAACACUGUCAAUCAUCAUCCUCUGCCUGUCCUGCUUGAGGUUUGGCCUAGGAUGAAUUAAUCUUCAAUUCAGAAGGAACAUAUCAAAGCAACAAAACAAUACUGAUCUUUUUGAUUAAGCUCACAGUUCUUAAGUUGAAUAUUUCAGGAUCAUUACCAC